GUACACUGCAGGGAAGGACCUACCCUACAAGGUUUGAACACCACACCACCAACUGAAGCUACCUUAAGGAACCCAGUGAUGCUGCCCAGGCUGUGAACAAGGGGGCAGCACUGUGGGGGCUGCCAGCAGCCGGGGCUGGGAGAGACAUGUGGACACGUAGCCCCUAUGGCUCCCGCCUACCAGAUCCUCCGCUGGGCCGUUGCCCUGGGGCUGGGCCUCACAUUCAAAUUCACACAGGCCUUUCGAUCUCAAGAUGAGUUCCUGUCCAGCCUGGAGAGCUAUGAGAUCGCCUUCCCCACCCGUGUGGACCACAACGGGGCACUGCUGGCUUUCUCUCCCCCUGCCCAACCAAGGCAGCGCCGGGGCACGGGAGCCGCAGCUGAGUCCCGCCUCUUCUACAAGGUGGCCGCACCCAGCACCCACUUCCUGCUGAAUCUGACCCACAGCCCCCGUCUGCUGGCAGGGCACGUCUCGGUGGAGUACUGGACCCGGGAGGGCCUGGCCUGGCAGAGGGCUGCCCGGGCCCACUGCCUCUAUGCCGGCCACCUACAAGGCCAGGCCAGCAGCUCCCACGUGGCCAUCAGCACCUGUGGGGGCCUGCAUGGCCUGAUUGUGGCAGAUGAGGAGGAAUACCUGAUCGAGCCCCUGCGAGGGGCUGCCAAGGGGGCCCGGGGACCAGAGGAAAGCGGCCCGCAUGUGGUAUACAAACGUUCUUCCCUGCGCCACCCCCAUCUGGACACAGCCUGUGGAGUGAGAGAUGAGAAAGCAUGGAAAGGUCGGCCAUGGUGGCUGCGCACCCUGAAGCCACCGCCCGCCCGGCCCCUGGGGAAUGAAACGGAGCGAGGCCAGCCCGGCCUGAAGCGCUCAGUCAGCCGAGAGCGCUACGUGGAGACCCUCGUCGUGGCCGACAAGAUGGUGGUAGCCUACCAUGGCCGCCGAGACGUGGAACAGUACGUGCUGGCCAUCAUGAACAUUGUUGCUAAACUUUUCCAGGACUCAAGUCUGGGCAGCAUCGUUAACAUCCUGGUAACUCGCCUCAUUCUGCUCACUGAGGACCAGCCCACCCUAGACAUCACCCACCAUGCUGGGAAGUCCCUCGACAGCUUCUGCAAGUGGCAGAAGUCCAUUGUGAACCACAGCGGCCACGGCAAUGCCAUUCCAGAGAACGGCAUGGCCAACCACGACACGGCAGUGCUGAUCACGCGCUAUGACAUCUGCAUCUAUAAGAGCAAACCGUGCGGCACAUUAGGCCUGGCCCCCGUGGGUGGGAUGUGCGAACGAGAAAGGAGCUGCAGUAUCAAUGAGGACAUCGGCCUGGCCACCGCCUUCACCAUUGCUCACGAGAUCGGGCACACAUUCGGCAUGAACCAUGACGGUGUGGGGAACAGCUGUGGCGCCAGGGGCCAAGAUCCAGCAAAGCUCAUGGCCGCCCACAUUACCAUGAAAACCAACCCAUUCGUGUGGUCAUCCUGCAGCCGGGACUAUAUCACCAGCUUCCUGGAUUCGGGCCUGGGGCUCUGCUUGAACAACCGCCCCCCCAGACAGGACUUCGUGUACCCAACCGUGGCCCCCGGCCAAGCCUAUGAUGCCGACGAGCAAUGUCGGUUCCAGCACGGAGUCAAAUCGCGUCAGUGUAAAUACGGGGAGGUCUGCAGCGAGCUUUGGUGUCUCAGCAAGAGCAACCGGUGCAUCACCAACAGCAUCCCGGCCGCCGAAGGCACGCUGUGCCAGACGCACACCAUCGACAAGGGGUGGUGCUACAAGCGGGUGUGUGUCCCCUUCGGAUCGCGACCAGAGGGCGUAGACGGGGCCUGGGGCCCCUGGGCCCCGUGGGGUGACUGCAGCAGGACGUGUGGCGGCGGUGUGUCCACGUCCAGCCGCCACUGUGACAGCCCCAGGCCAACCAUCGGGGGCAAGUACUGUCUAGGGGAGAGGCGGCGCCACCGCUCCUGCAACACCGAGGACUGUCCUCCUGGCUCCCAGGAUUUCAGGGAAAUGCAGUGUUCUGAGUUUGACAGUAUCCCUUUCCGUGGAAAAUUCUACACAUGGAAGACAUACCGAGGGGGGGGCGUGAAGGCCUGUUCCCUGACUUGCCUAGCAGAGGGUUUCAACUUUUACACGGAGAGAGCGGCGGCCGUGGUGGACGGGACACCCUGCCGCCCGGACACUGUGGACAUUUGUGUCAGCGGUGAGUGCAAGCACGUGGGCUGUGACCGAGUCCUGGGUUCUGACCUGAGGGAGGACAAGUGCCGAGUAUGUGGAGGUGACGGCAGUUCCUGCGAGACCAUCGAGGGCGUCUUCAGCCCAGCCUUGCCUGGGGCAGGGUAUGAGGAUGUCGUCUGGAUCCCCAAAGGGUCAGUCCACAUUUUCCUCCUGGACCUGAACCUGUCCCUCAGUCACCUGGCUCUAAAGGGAGACCAGGAGUCCCUGUUGCUGGAGGGCCUGCCGGGGACCCCCCAGCCUCAUCGCCUGCCCCUAGCCGGAACUACUUUUCACUUGCGUCAGGGACCAGACCAGGCCCAGAGCCUUGAAGCCCUGGGACCCAUUAAUGCGUCACUUGUUGUCAUGGUGCUGGCUCGCAAAGAGCUUCCUGCCCUUCGCUACCGCUUCAACGCGCCCAUCGCCCGGGACACCCUGCCCCCCUACUCUUGGCACUACGCGCCCUGGACCAAGUGCUCAGCCCAGUGUGCAGGCGGCAGCCAGGUGCAGGUGGUGGAGUGCCGGAACCAGCUGGACCGCUCCACCGUGGCCCACCACUACUGCAGCGCCCACAGCAAACUGCCCAAGAGGCAGCGCGCUUGCAACACGGAGCCCUGCCCACCUGACUGGGUGGUGGGGAACUGGACGCGGUGCAGCCGCAGCUGCGAUGCGGGCGUGCGCAGCCGCUCGGUGGUGUGCCAGCGCCGCGUGUCCGCCGUGGAGGAGAAGUCGCUGGAUGACAGCGCGUGCCCGCAGCCGCGCCCCCCGGUGCUAGAGGCGUGCCAGGGCCCCACAUGCCCGCCGGAGUGGUCAGCCCUGGACUGGUCUGAGAACCUCCGCCGCUGCCCCCCGGCCCGCUGGGUGGCCAGCGAGUGGGGCGAGUGCUCCGCGCAGUGCGGCCUGGGCCAGCAGCAGCGCGCCGUGCGCUGCACCGGCCACACCGGCCAGCCGUCCCGGGACUGCGCCGAGGCCCUGCGGCCGCCCACCACCCAGCAGUGCGAGGCCAAGUGCGACCCUGCGCCCCCCGGGGAUGGCCCCGAAGAGUGCAAGGAUGUGAACAAGGUUGCAUACUGCCCCCUGGUGCUCAAAUUCCAGUUCUGCAGCCGAGCCUACUUCCGCCAGAUGUGUUGCAAAACCUGCCAGGGCCGCUAGUGGGGGUGCGCGGUACCUGGAGCUGUCGUGGAGCCGCGGCUGAGGGGGAACCCCAACCAGAGAGGGUCCCAGAGGGCGGGAGCUGGGAGUGAAGGGUGACAUGGAGCUGGAACUUAUUUAUUGGGAACCCCUACAGGGCCUCUGGUUAGGGGAUGAAGAGGAGCUGGCUACCCCCUCCCCAGUCCCUCUAAAGUCCCUUGUCCAGUUCAUAACCAGACCCCCCCCUCUUCAGGGAUGGAUUUAAGGAAGGGGGUACCUAUUUGUCCCAGCACCAUUUGCACCCACCCUUAAGGAGUCCCCUCCCCUACCCUCUGAUCGAAAUAUGUACUGUGAAGAGUGGGAGUGGGAGAGGGGGCUACCAGCACCCUCCCCCCAGCACUGUCUAACUCCCUCCCACUCUGAGCUGGUGGGGAUCCAGGCUUGCUAAGGGGGACAGGACCUAGCACCACCUCCGUGACACCCUCUCCCAAAACCGACCAGGGGGAAGAUUCACCCCAACCUCUGCUCUCACUGAUCCAUGGGGGGACCCCAACAUCCAAGCCACCCCCAUCAUGCCGGUUACAAGGCCUCACCCUGGGGGCCACGCUCCUCGCAGGAAACCCUACAUCAAUAAAGUUCUGUCUUAAAUAGAUUUCUGUGAGUGUGAGU